AUGGCCUUUUUCGGGGCAUUUCAAACGAUUCCUAUGAGAAUCAUUCAUCCCGAUGCCCCUGUUCCUCUACGAAUGCAGGGUGGCCUUCGCCUUGGCUUUGUGCUGGACAAAAUCGGGGAAGCCGUUGGCGCCAUCGGCCCAUGGCGAAAGUCGAUAGAGCUCCCUGCGACCACGGUCCCUGCACUUGCCUAUACAAGUGUCAGCAGCACGAUUGUCCCCUCCGCGAUUUGCUCUGUCCCCCCAGUUACUCUUGCCAGUAACUUGCCCAGUCCUACAGGGUCCCUUACGAUCACGGCGUUUACGACAGCGGCUGCUGACACGGCAAUUUUGCCUAACUUCCCUGAAGCACGAGCCAUGGAUUCAACUGCUGAGGCAGCUAGUGCUGCCGAACCAAAAAACAACUACAGUUGGAUCCUCGAAGCGCAACUGCUAGGCAGUCACGCCGCUAAGUGGGUGGCUGUCUCCUCAACAUAUCCUCGGUUGCCUUUCGUGGUGGUCGUUUAUGUUCUUUUCGGCUGUGCUCUAGCGGUGAUCUUUGGGACGACUUCUAUGUUCCUCAUGACCGUUCACACCGUAUGCAAGGAAGUUGGAGCAAAAAUGAUCCGCAAGGCGCUAAUGGACAGCAAUCAAGUUGCCCUGGCUAUCGACGAGGCCAGUUGCCAGCAGGCCCAAUUGCUGAAGAAGCUCCAGGCUGCAAACAAAGCGAUGGUUACCUCUGCUAACAAAAUCGACGCAAUGAUCUCCAGCAACGAGAAGCUUAUGUCAGAGCGGAUUGUGCAAAUCAAUCACCUACUUAGCUUCUCUGAGCGUCGAGCGAACGAGGUCACCAACAACGUCAUCGAUUCCGCCGCUAGAGUUCAAGAGCAGUAUCUCCCCUUCCCGUCGAGAGACGGCCUGCUGGGAGAACAUCUCAAGAAGUUCAAGGAAUCGCUGAAAGAUGCCAAGGACGAGCUUCUAGAGGAAAUCGAAGCGGCGAGAUCGCUGAUCCCUUCAUUCAAGGAGGAGUUCACGAAGGUCACCUCUCGCUUGCGUGAAAGCCAUCUCGGAAACUGGGUCGAAGUCUUUGAAUCCGAAAAAGCGCGUCUGAAGUCUCAGGUAGCGAGGAUCAAAAAGGCAACCCAGAAAAUUCCGAAGCAGAAAGCGGUCGACCAGCUCAUCCAUGAACUGCAGGAGGAGCACGGCGAGCUGGAGCGGAGAAUUGUCGCUGCCCGGGAGGACAUGGGCGAGGCCUGCCGGCAAACCGAGGAGCUCGUUCGGGAGCUCAAGAGUGAGCGCAGUAAGGUUGACGGCAAAGUCACCGCCGCCCGCGAUGGCAUGGCGAAAGCCUGUCAAGAGACCAAGGAGCUCGUCGAUGGGCUGCUCGACGACAUGGACGACCUUGAGCAGGAAGUCACCGCUGCUCACAGCGACAUACGGGACGCUCGCGAGGAAGCAGAAGACGUCAGCCUGAAGACGUGCGCUGUCAAGCGCGAUGUUCAAUACUUGCAGGCCGACAUUAUCGCUCUCGAGGAGGAUAUCGCCCUAGCGCAAGCCGCUCUCGAUUCAGCACGGAAGACGCUGGACGAGCACAUCGAGGAAGUAAUGGAAGAGGAGCCUGAUCACUCAGACGCUCCCCCAUACUCCCCAGACGCUCCCCUUUCCGCCCUGGACCAAGAGAUUCUCCACCUUGCCGGUGGCGACAGCGACAGCGAUUCCCAGGGGCACGACUCCGAGAGUGAGGUGCCGCCGGAGCUAGAGCGGAACCUGCUCUGCGAAAGCCCGUCGGUCGUCGACUACCAGGAAGGCCGCCGGUAUAUCGUGAGAAGGCAGAAAGCCAAGAGGGCGGCGGACCGCAUGCCGGUCAAGGAGGACAUCACUUGGCCGGCACGGUUUCGCUCCGGCAGUCCUUCGGUCUCGCGCGGCAGGAGGUCGAGUCGUUGGUGGACGUCCACGACGUUCAACCCAAAUUACGUCCACACUCCGUCUCGACACUUUGGGCCGGAAUAA